AUGUUUUCUCCACUUCUGUGUUGCCUCAUCUUCCUCUUUCCCCUCUUUUCACUGGCCUAUGAAGGCCCUCGUUGGAAUUCCUGUGAUGGAACCACUUAUUACGCCCCUAAUUCGACCUUCUCUUCCAAUCUAGACACAGCUCUCCAGACUCUUCAGAACACUACUGCCUCCAGCGGUUUCGCCACCACGACCUCCGGCAGCAUUAAUCAGACAGUGACAGCCCUCGCCCUGUGUCGUGCCACCAUAAACCCAUCAGAUUGCCAGCUAUGCAUCGAUGUUGCCACAUCGGGCAUUCGCAAUGUCUGUCCCAAUGGAACAGCGGCUCAGGUGUGGUACACCCUCUGCAUGCUGCGGUACUCCCACCGUAACUUUGUGAACAAGACCGACUACACCCUCACCUUCAGUCUGUAUGAUACGCGCAAUGCUCCUGAUCCUGAUAUUUAUGAUGCGAAGGUGCAGAGGUUAAUGCAGAAUCUAUCGUCCACUGCCGGUGCAUCUGAGAAGAGAUAUGCAGUGGGAAGAACAACAGCACCAGAAAACCUCACCCUCUAUGGCUAUGUUGAUUGCACCCGUGACAUCGAUGGAGAUGAUUGUAAGCGAUGCCUAUUGGCAACAACAAGGGCCAUAGACUCCUGCUGUUUAGGGCAAUGGGCGGGUUGGCUUGCUUCACCAACAUGCAAUAUCCAGUUCAAUAUGGACCCAGUGCAUGAGGACUGGGUCAAUGGCUCGUAUAUCAACACAGAUAUCUCUCCGUCAUCAACACUGGCGCCGCCACCAGUGGCAGAGAAUGAUGCUGGAAGUCGUAGUCAGGUAAUUAAAAUUUCUGUUGCUCUAACAGUUGGAACAGUUGUUUUGGCAGUUCUGGUACUGUGUGCUGUGAAGUGGAGGAAAAGAGAUGAAGUGGAGACCGGAGGCUCUGAAAUUAUAGAAGACAAUGAGGAAAUGAGUGAGGGAAUUGGCAAGAGAUCUUUCAUGUAUGAUUUGGAAGUUUUGGUUGCUGCAACUGGUAAUUUUUGUUUGGCAAAUCGGCUGGGUGCUGGUGGGUUUGGGACUGUUUAUAAGGGAAUGAUGGCAAAUGGUGAAGAAAUAGCAGUGAAGAAGCUGGCACCUGGUUCGACACAAGGCAGAGAAGAAUUCUCCAAUGAAGUCAGACUAUUAUUGAAGUUGCAACACAGAAAUCUUGUACGGCUGUUUGGGUGCUGUGUUGAAGGAGAAAAUAGGCUGUUAGUUUACGAAUACCUACAGAACAAGAGUCUUGACCACUUCAUCUUUGAUAAGAGCAAGAGUGCAUUGCUAGACUGGCCAAAGCGUUAUAACAUCAUAAUAGGUGUGGCACGGGGGCUUCUUUACCUUCAUGAAGAUUCACAACUUAAAAUCAUACAUAGAGAUAUCAAAGCAAGCAACAUCUUACUCGAUGAGUUGAUGAAUCCAAAAAUAUCUGAUUUUGGUCUGGCAAAGCUAUUUAAGGAUGAACAAACCCAUCAUAGAACACGACGGAUUGUGGGAACAUUUGGUUAUAUGGCUCCAGAAUAUGCAACCAGAGGCUUCAUGUCUUCCAAGAUUGAUGUCUUUAGCUUUGGUGUGUUGAUAUUAGAAAUCAUAAGUGGAAGAAGGAAUUAUGACAUGGAAUUUGAUGAGCAAGACUGGGAGCUCCUGAAACUUGCAUGGAGACUAGAAGAAGAAGGGCAGCUAACAGAUUUGGUAGAUGUCACUAUUGGUUCUUUCCCUCAAGAUCAAGUAUUAAAAUGCAUUUGCAUUGGGUUAUUGUGCUGCCAACAAUCUAUACGAGAUCGGCCAACCAUGUCUUCUACAGUUUUAAUGCUCUCAAAUGAUUCAGUAACAAUGCCAAUUGAAGGAACACGUGGCUACCAGAAUAUACGUGACCCUGUUGAUCCACACAACAACAUCAAUGCUCCUACAAACCCUGAAAAUGAGUCUUUCUCUAAGAAUUCUAUUACUUUUUCAUCAGCAAAUGGUAGGUAA